GCGCUGCGGGCGGGGCGGGCACAAGAUGGCGGCGGUGCGGGCCGUGUGUGUGAUGCGCGGCGAGGGGGCUGUGGAGGGCGUCAUCCACUUCGAGCAGCAGGGUUCGGGACCCGUGAAAGUGACUGGGAAAAUCACUGGCCUGGCCGAUGGAGAGCACGGCUUCCACGUCCAUGAGUUCGGGGACAACACCAAUGGGUGCACCAGUGCUGGCCCCCACUUCAACCCGGAGCAGAAGAAGCACGGGGGUCCUAGCGAUGCUGAGAGGCACGUGGGAGACCUGGGCAAUGUGACUGCCAAGGGCGGCGUGGCCGAGGUGUGCAUCCAGGACUCCGUCAUCUCCCUCUCGGGACCACACUGCAUCAUCGGCCGCACCAUGGUGGUGCACGAGCGGCCGGAUGACCUGGGCAAAGGGGGCAAUGACGAGAGCCUGCUCACCGGGAACGCGGGGCCCCGCCUGGCCUGCGGGGUGAUCGGGAUUGCCAAGUGCUAAACGCUGCCUGCAGUGCUCCUCCUGCUGCUCCUGCCCCUCCUGCAACUUCAAUGUGUCAUCCACGUCCUGCUCCUCUGCAUCCCGAGCAGCACUCGCACGCCGGAGACUGACCGACUUUUGUAUGAUGUACAUUCAAUUAAAGUGUCCCUGAUGGAACGGCUCUGUGGUCUGUGCUCACCUCCUGCUGCCACCAUUCUGUCACCUCCCUGCUCUGAGGGACCAUGUGUAGUGCUCCUGUCCCAGCCCCUGGGUGUGUCAGGCUUCCUCCUGGGGCAGGGGCAGCAUUUGUAGGCUUCAAACUUGUGUAAUAAAUGUUCUGGGCAGAUACAC